AUGGGAAUAAAGUCAAUCGCGAGGUUUCGUUGCGUGUCCAAGCUAUAUGCUUCAAUACAUAUCCGUCCACGUCUCCUAUUCGCGCUCCAACGAGCCAACGAUGAAGUUCUCAUCUUCUCAUCGCCGCAGCCUCAGCCUCAUCAGAAACAGCAUGAGAAGUCUCUUGUUGUAGCCGCUGAUUUUCACAUGAAGAUCUCUCAAGACUUGUGCCCAGUCUUUCGUGGCCUUACCUCUCGUUUGAUCUAUUUCUGCACUGAGACGGAUGAAGGCGAACAGCCUCUGAUAUAUAACCCUAUCACCGGAGAGCAGGCGAGUUUACCGGAGCUGAGUAGGUACAGAAAGUCCUAUAGCUUUAUAGGGUAUGGUCCGAUUGAGAAGCACUUCAAAGUAUUGUUCAUGGCUUAUCCAUAUUGUUUCGAAGGUGGUGAUCAUAGAAUUAUGACAUUAGGAACUGGAGAAAGGAGUUGGAGGAAGAUCACAUGUAUCUUACAACAUGUGCCUGUGAGUGAAGGGAUAUGCAUAGAUGGGGUUUUGUACUACAUGGGUGAGGAGAAUAACUGUGAAACGUCUUGCCAGAUAGUUUGCUUUUAUGUUAGGACUGAGAGAGUGUCAACAAACAGAGAUGGUCGAAUAUAUGUCUACACUUUGCCGGAGAAUGAAGUCUUCGUCUGUAAUGUUUUCGUUGUUGGGAUGACUAGUACAGGUGAGAUUGUUUUGUCGGACAGGUUUACAUCUAAACCCUUGUUUUACGUUUUCUACUUCAAUCCCGAAAGUAACACUCUCCAAACUGUUCAAGUCCGAGGUGUUGGAGGAUACCAUGAAGCGUUUGAGGCUGAUUGCGUAGUUAAUGCGUUUGUAGACUAUGCUGUGGAUUCCAGGUUUAUAACAUAA